UGAAAUACAAAUACUAGUAAUAGAAAAAUCCAGAGUUUUAUUUUUGGUUGCUAUUUUGCAAAAGAGAAAGUGGAGAGAGAGUGGGAGAGAGCAAAAACACGACUCCCAUUUGUGUAUUCUUCUUCCUUUUUCCUUUAAUCACACACACACACAGAGAAAUAGAGAAAGAAUGAAAACCCUAGCUCUGGUCACUGUUUAAACUACUGAAGAAAUCAUCGAUGAGACAGAGAGCAAUAUCAUUAACACGCAUUGUUGAUGUUGAGUGAUCUGGAUGCUCCAAAGCAUUUGAGUUCAACAUUUUGAAUCCUCCUAAAAUGAAACCAAGAACAAAUGGGACACAUAGAGUCCAGAGAUCAAACAGUUCGCAAGGAGAGGGUCCAAAUUGGAUCCUUAUAGCAGGCGGUGCUUUGUUGAGUACAUUAUCAGUUCGGCUCGGAUACAAGCUCAAGCAGGUUAUGGAUACAAGACGGAUGGAAAAUAACAGUGACUCAUUGAAAGGAAAUCGAAUAUCCAGUGACAAAAGGAAGUCAGGUGUGUGCACGCUGCAAUCAAACCAAUUUUCCUAUACCCAAAAUGGAGAUGGGUACUACAAUUGCCUUUCAGGGAGUGCAGAAGAUCUGGUGGAGGUUAAGUGUCAAUCAAAUGGCCCUAUGAUGAAAGAAACUACCAUGCCACUUCCGUUAGUGACUAUCCGUCCAGAACCUAACAGAGAAAAUGGUGUUAUGUGGUCGACAUCUCCCGAUCGCCUAGAGCUGCCUCGGAAGCCAUUCCACCAUUCAAACAGUUCGGACUCUCCAUGUGUUUCUGAAUCUGGGUCCGAUAUCUUCACCAAACGUGAAGUGAUACAGAAACUGCGGCAUCAAUUGAAAAGAAGGGAUGACAUGAUUGUGGAGAUGCAGGAUCAGAUCAUGGAGUUGCAGAGUUCACUCGGGGCUCAGCUAACACAUUCUUCCCUCUUACAGUCCCAACUCGAUGCUGCUAACAGGGACCUAUUCGACUCAGAAAGAGAGAUCCAGAGGUUGAGGAAGGCAAUAGCAGAUCAUUGUGUUGGGGAAAUGAGUCAUCCUGAGGAUCCAACAAUGGCCAGGAACUGGUCAGCGGAAGGACUAAGUAAUGGGCAUGUGAAUGGGUUCCGUGAUGGAGAAAAUGAUUUGGAGUUUGUGGCCAGGGGGAGAGGAGAUAUAGAAAGAUGCGGACUGUUGAAGAGAGAAGUGGGCGAUUUGAAAGAAGUUAUAGAAGGAAAAGACUAUUUGUUACAGAACUAUAAAGAACAAAAGGUGGAGCUUAGUUUGAAAGUGAGGGAAUUGCAACAAAGAUUAGCUUCUCAAGUUCCAAAUAUUUUGUAGACCUAGAAGAACAGUUUUGUGCAUUCUUUUGUGUUUCUUUUUAUUACUCCCAACUGGAAAGAAAAGCUUUCUUCCCUCUUUCUUCUACCCUCUCAUUGUCUAGGUAGUACGUGUUUCAUGUUGCGUUUGUGUGUCGUAUCAGAGAGAGAGAGAGAGAGACAGUGGUUAAAGUUGUAGGCAAGCUUCAUUAGGAUCAAUUAACCUUUUGUAGACAGACCAGAAUUUCUGUUCUGGCGUCUCUAACCAAUCUAUCAAGGGAACGGGAGAUCAAUUUCACUAACACAACCCUUAAAAUAUAUAAUCAUCACGGUAGUUCCUGGGUAGUA